GGGACUGACUCGAAAUUAUAGUUGACCCGACCCGACUGUACGUACCGUACUCCGUACAUUUUAUGCCAACACAACAUCGCGUUCCUACCUACCUACCUUACCUACCUUAGGUACCUUACUUAGGUAGCAAGAGGACGUCUUCAAUACAACACCGUCUAGCAAUUCAAAGAACCAAAAGGCCACGGGCAACUCGAAGGCAUGGAAGGCACGCUUCGAGGCCCGAGACGGGCGCGUCGGCUGGGCCAAGAAUCGUCAACAAGAAUACCAGCCCCAAUGCAUACACCAGAAGGGAACCACAUUCACACUCCAGAAGGUCCUCACCUGGAUACAAGUCCAAAUGACCAUGCUGACCUUCUGCCAACAAUGCACCGUAAUGUCAGGCAUGCGUCGUUGGCCUCACCGGCCACCCAUCACCAAGGUUCAAUACGGCAAUUCUCACCAGCCCACUUCCCCCAAGUACCUCAUGCUUCCUUUGCGACACCUGACCUAGGGAACGGCACGAAUAUUUCUCCCGCACCUCCAACCCCAGCUGUUUCUUAUCAGACCAUGGAGGAGGAUGACUACACAAGUGUCGACGAUAUGGAAGAACAACUAAACCACCACAGUACCGAAAUGAUAGACGAGCAGGUCGAGGACCGGCUCGAAGAGGAUGAAGAGGAGGAGCAGGACGUCGACUUGGCUUUGCCAGCUGACCUCAGCGCCUUGGGCCUAAAGGAAAUAUCGAAUCUCGGAAAGUUCACUGUCAGUAGUCACAAGCCUGGCAAUGGCGUGGAAGAAUUGCGAAGCGACGACACGGAUGCUUACUGGCAAUCCGAUGGGCCGCAGCCUCACAAGCUAACCGUCUAUUUCAUCAAGCGUGUGGGCAUCCGCGACAUUCGCUUCUUCGUGGACUACCAGAGCGACGAGUCGUACACGCCUACCCGGAUUGUCUUCAAAGCGGGAACCAGCGAGAACAACCUCCUCGAGUUCGCCAUGAUGGAGCUUUCCGCCCCGUCGGGUUGGCAGCAGGUCCCCGUCGUAGGUGCCGGGGGCGGGCCGGACGGGAAUACGCUGGUGUGCUACGUGUUCCAGAUGCAGAUCCUCGAGAACCACCAGAACGGGAAAGACACGCAUUUGCGCGGCAUCAAAAUCUACGCUGCCGAUGGCGACUCUCGCGGUGCCCGGGGCAUGCCGGGCGCGGAAACGGAGAGCAGCAACCCGAUGGCAGAGAUAAUCGAGCUGAUCGACAACCCGACGCGACGCCGUGACGAGGAUGAAUGGGUGGAUGAGGAUUCGGAGAUGCGGCUUGAGCGCAUUGACCGACGUUUGCGAGCGCAGCAGUGGGAGGCCCUCGAGCGAGAGGUUGGCGAGCCGGACUUUAUGAAGGAGCCUGAACUUCGAUAAAAUAGACAAUCCUUACGGCGAUGGCAUGGUCCUUGGUGUGGAUGGUCCUAGGUAGCGAUAUUUGAGACGAUACUAUGCUAUGAUGCCAUGGAUCCUCUAUUGGGUAUUAAGCGGUCAAAUGAUAACCCACGAGUAAUAUUAGAGCGAGUCGGAGAAACAGUGCAGGCGGAUAACAUACACUUGCAUGGCAGCUUAGGUUUUCCUAUCGGACAUUGUAUUUAUACAUAUCUACGCUUUCCCGUC